UUAGUCGUCAAGACCAACGUGUCUAUCUCUCUCUCUCUCUCUCUCUCACCCAGAACCAAAAUGCUUCUUCACAACCUCGUCUUCCUCCUCCUCCUAUGGAAAAACGAUCUCACCGUCGCGGACCCACAGACCAACCUCCUCGACAUUGGCUGCAGCACCUACAACGCCACCAAUACCUCCCUCUUCUUAUCCAACCUCAACACCACUUUCUCUAGGCUCCGCUCCAAACUCUCGUCUGCCGCCGGCGGCGACCUCUCCGCCACCUCCGAGCUGCCGCAAUCCGCCGCACCCGUCUACGGCCUCUUCUUCUGCAGGUCGUACCUAUCCCUUUCUGAUUGCCUCGCCUGCCUCGCCGCCGCCGUUUCGAGCACCCGCAGGUGCGGCUUCGGCACCGGCGGCCGCGUCAUCUUCGAUGGUUGCACUCUCCGCUAUGAAAGCGCGCCCUUUUUCGAUCAGGGAACUCUCCCCGGAAAUACCGCGGUUUGCGGCAACGGCUCCUCUGCUUUGGAGGGGUUCGCCGCCGCGGCGACGGCGUUGACAAUGGAUUUGAGCUUGGCGGUGCCGAAGAUCGAUGAAUAUUCUGGGACAGCGGUGGGAGAUGGAGUGUUUGGUGCGGCGCAGUGUGCGGAUACGCUGAGUGAAGAUGUCUGUGCGCAGUGUUUACAGGUCGCAUAUAAGAAUAUACAGGGAUGUUUGCCGGCGGGGAAUGGUCGAGCGGUGGACGCUGGGUGUUUUAUGAGGUACUCUAAUCUGACGUUCUUCUCGGCGAAUCAGACUAUGGAUCUUUCGCGUUAUUUGGGUGGAUCAGGGGAGUCGAGCAAGAAUACACGAGCUAUUGUUGCUGGCGUGGUUGGAGGAGUCGUGGGGUUAUUGAUUCUGAGUUUUCUGGCGUUUCUGUGGAUCAGAAAGUCUCGAAGGCGGGAGGAUGAGUGGAAAGGUAACUUGCUGGGAGCAACAGAGCUUCGAGGUCCUGUGAGUUUCCAUUACACAGAUCUGAAAUCUGCAACAAAAAAUUUCAGCCAAGAAAAUAAACUUGGGGAAGGAGGUUUUGGUGAGGUUUACAAGGGUAUCCUAAAAAAUGGCAACAUCGUAGCAGUGAAGAGGUUGGCAAUAACUCAAUCAGAAACUACUAAAGCAAGUUUCCAGAGUGAAGUAAAGCUUAUAAGCAAUGUUCACCAUCGGAACUUGGUUCGAUUGCUUGGUUGUUGUGGCAAUCGAGAUAACUUGCUGCUUGUUUAUGAAUACAUGGCUAAUGGAAGUCUUGAUAAAUUCUUAUUUGGUGAAAAGAAUGAAUUGCUUAGCUGGAAACAGAGAUUUGAUAUUAUAGUUGGCAUGGCCAAGGGUAUUUCAUAUCUGCAUCAAGAAUUCCAUGUCUGCAUCAUACAUCGUGAUAUAAAACCAAGCAACAUACUCCUUGAUGACAACUUCCAGCCAAAGAUUGCUGAUUUUGGGCUUGUGAGACUUCUACCUGGAGAUCAGAGCCACCUUAGCACCAAAUUUGCCGGAACAUUGGGAUAUACAGCACCCGAGUAUGCUAUACAUGGUCAGCUAACCGAGAAGGUCGAUACAUACAGCUUCGGUGUUGUUGUACUAGAAAUCAUUAGUGGACGGAGGAACAGCAAUCCAAAGCUUGAACAUAUUAAGCAGUAUCUUCUAGAAUGGGUGUGGAAGCUUUAUGAGCAAGAUGAUCUGGUAGAGUUGAUAGAUAAAUCCAUGAAUCCUGAUGACUCUGAGCUAGACGAAAUAAAGAGAGUCAUGAAAAUAGCUCUCCUUUGCACUCAGUCUAUGGUGGCCACGAGGCCAACAAUGUCUGAAGUUGUGGUUUUGCUGCUAAGCCGAGGCGAUCCUAUAAGUGAGCCUGCUAGGCCUAUUUUUAUAGAGUCUUCGACUCGGGCUAAUGGUGAAACCUCCUCCUCUGCAUGGUCAUCUUCUGCAACCCGAGCAACUGUAUCAGUUACACAGUUCUCUGGAAGGUGAAGAUUUCUGUGCGUUAUUGGCCUAGCCCUCAGCAGGUAUGAUAAGGAGAAAUAAUGUACUGUUAGAUUUGAAGCUAAACUUGAUCUAAACAGUAAGGCUGAGGAAGGUAAUUCAAGAGAGAUUACAGAAUUUAAAAAUGUUCAAACAGGUCUAAGGUCUAUAAAUUUAGAUACCGAGUCUAUAUGUUAUGUGAUAGAAAAUAAAUAGUAAUUAAGAGAUUUAUUUGUAUAAUCUUGUUCUAUGCUGAAUAUUGAUCAUGUAUAUCUUACCUUUUUUAUUGCUCAUACGAGCAGUUAAAUGAAUCAAACAAAGAGGGCAUAUAAUUUCUUAAGUGGAAA